UGUUCUCCCACUCCUACCCCUGACGCUGGUGUGGGGUUCUCCUUUGUCUGCCGAGCUGCCUAGACCCCACACCCUUCCUUCCUUCCCCAAAGCCACGUGGCCUUUGCACAUCCCUAGAAUCCUGGGGGAAAGCAGAGACCGGAGGUGGGAAGGGCAGAGCUAAGGGGACAGGCUGGGAUUUAUGUCUCCUGUCUCCUCUGACCCACUCAGCUGCCUCUCAGCGCGUGGUUUUCCACACCAGGGGGGCCCCCCACUCAGUUUCCUCCAAAACCUCCGCCCUUCCCCUCCCUUUGUCCUCCUGCGUCCUCCCCUUCCUCCUCCCCUAGCCUCCCUAGGGGAGGGGGCGCCGCUGGUGGGGGGAAGGAAACAGGUAUUUGCCAUGGAGUUGGCAGGGGUCUUGGGAGAGUUUAGGAACCCAAGACACCCCAGUUGUAGCCUCCGAGAUGGAAGGUGGAGACCCAGUCCCCACCCAGCCCACUUUGCCCCACACCCCUUCGUGCCAGGCUCAGCAUGGGCCUGUCUUGCUUCACCGCAUACCUCUCAUUCCACAGCCAAGCCAGCCCAGCUGGGGGACUGGGGAGGAGGCCCCUGAGGGGAGCACGGAGGAGCCUGACACGGGAAGUUGGGGAAUGGGGGCUUAUACUUCAGCUUAAUGAUGUCCCGUGUAUUGCCUAGGAGUAGGAUCAGCCCCUUGGAGACUGAGCUCCAGCUGCCCUUGCCAGAAGAGAACCAGGGCUUGUCCCACUGUGGCCUUGGGGCAGAAAAUGAGACUAUCUACUGCGGGUGGGACAGGUGCUCAGCCUUGGUUUGGGGUGGGGACCCAGAGGUUUCUAAUCCAUCAUAAUUAAUAGAGCUGGUGACAGCUCUGAUAACAGCUGCUUAGAUUAGCCACAGGAUCACCUGCGCCUAUGAUUUAUCCCCCUCUGGGACCCUUGGCAGCAAGAUCAAGCUUGUUGCUGAGGGUCAAAGAUCAACCCACCAAGGGGAGGGUAAUUCAAGUUCAGGAAGUUGAAGUUUGGAGGAAAGUAACACUUGAUGGCCUCACACUGGGCAUGUGGCACGGAGACCCAGGACAGUCACCAAGUAUCAAGCAAUUCAUACAUGGUGGGGAGCUUUGAUCUGUGGUCACAAUUCUUAAUACAACCUAUGAGGUGAGGAGUAGUAAUUCUAGUUCACAGAAGUAGAAAUGAGCUCAUGGGGCUCAAACUUCAUGCCUGUGUCACUUUGGUGAAUAAUGGAGUCUGGUUUGAAUCUAGGUUAGUUGGAUUCCAGAGCCAUGGGUUUCCCCCACAGACCCCGGUCCCUCCAACUUUAAUCUUUCUGGGAGACUGAAUGCCCCAACCCCUGUCUUUGAGUUUCUCAAACUUUGCUCAUCGACAUCAAGAGGUGGCUUUGCUCCCUGUUCCUUCCCCGUUGAAGGCUGCGACGGCCUGUCCGUGGUCGUCCUCUGUCUUUUCUUGUCCCUCUUGUUUCUCUGGCCUCCAAUGAAAGCUGAGUCAGAAACAGACGCUUCCCCUUGGCUCCCAGUGCCUCCCAUGGGGGCCCCUCCUUGGCUGUAUCCGUUAGUCACUCCCUAGUAAGUCCCCCCCCACCCUUGUGGGGCGGGGAGCCCAGGGCAGCCCGGAGGCAGUGGACUUUUGGCCCGUUUCGUUUAUUCCCUCCAUCUCCUCGUCAACAUCUGCCGUGGGCUCUUGGUUCAUUCCUUUGACCGACCUGCAGGAAAGCAGAGACCCAGAGAGAGGGAAGGCGGCAGAAGCCGGGAGACAGACCAGAGGCCAAGGCUACAGCUGGUCCUCUGCCCUUCCCCUCCCUCUCUCCCCACCCUGCCUUAACACCCCUCCUUAGCCUAAGCCCCUCGAAGUCCCCUGGGGCUCAUCCCUCCCCCCAUCUCCCCCCUCGGGGCCCCAGGCGGCCCUCAGGGCCUGUGUCCCACCAUGUCAGUGGCUGUGGAGACUUUUGGCUUCUUCAUAGCAGCCCUGGGGCUGCUGAUGCUGGGAGUGACCCUGCCAAACAGCUACUGGCGAGUGUCCACUGUGCACGGGAACGUCAUCACCACCAAUACCAUCUUCGAGAACCUCUGGCACAGCUGCGCGACCGACUCCCUGGGUGUCUACAACUGCUGGGAGUUCCCAUCCAUGCUGGCUCUCUCCGGGUACAUCCAGGCCUGCCGGGCACUCAUGAUCACUGCCAUCCUCCUGGGCUUCCUGGGCCUGUUCCUGGGCACGGUGGGGCUGCGCUGCACAAACAUUGGGGGCAUGGUUCUCUCCAGGAAAGCCAAGCUGGCUGCCACCGCAGGGGCCCUACACAUACUGGCUGGUUGCUGCGGAAUGGUGGCCAUCACCUGGUAUGCCUUCAACAUCACCAAGGACUUUUUCGACCCCUUGUAUCCCGGAACCAAGUAUGAGCUGGGCCCCGCGCUCUACCUGGGCUGGAGUGCCUCCCUGCUGGCCAUCCUGGGCGGUAUCUGCCUAUGCUCCAACUGCUUCUGUGGUCCCGAUGACGACCCCGCCGCCAGCACCUCGCUGCCCUACAAGGCCUCUGCACUGCGGUCAGCUGGCCUUGCUGCCCGCUUGCCUCCCGCAGCCUCGGAUGAAGAAGCCGACAGCAGCUUCGGCAAAUACGGGAAAAACGCUUACGUGUAGGAGGCCUGACCUGUGGACCCCAUUCCUUUCCCACUGCCCCCAGUGGACAGGGGUUCCCGGAACCCCAGGCUGCAGGGGUAGACCCCUGCUUUGGUGUUACAACCUCAGGGGCAAGCCACGCCCCAGGGGCAAGCCACACCCACAGGUUCCACCCUGGUCUUGGAAGCCAGGCCCCUCCUCUCCAGUUCCAACUCCGCCCUGGCUGCACCUCCUUCGUCUGGCCAAGAACCCACCUUCUGAGAACUCACUUCUGGCUCCAGCGGCUGGACCGACCCUCUGGGUGGGUAAGGGGUCGGAGGCGUCCCGGAGUGUUAGCAUUCUAUAUAAAUACGUGCAUAAAUAAAUUUAUAUUGUGAACUGU